AUGGCCUUCAACGGCAAGUACGAGAUCGAGAGUGAGAAGAAUUAUGAUGAGUUCAUGAAGCGCCUUGGGCUCCCCAGCGAUGCAAUUGAAAAGGGCCGUAACUUCAAGAUCGUCACGGAGGUCCAGCAGGAUGGGCAGAACUUCACCUGGUCCCAGCACUACCCCAGCGGCCACUCCAUGAUCAACAAGUUCACCAUCGGCAAGGAGUGCGACAUGGAAACCAUGGGGGGCAAGAAGUUCAAGGCCACGGUGCGGAUGGAGGGUGGCAAGCUGGUGGUGGAUUUCCCUAACUACCACCAGACUUCGGAGAUCAUAGGCGACAAGCUGGUGGAGAUCUCCACCAUCAGCGGCGUGACCUAUGAGCGCGUAUAUAAGAGGCUGGCUUGAGCAACCAGGCGGGGCUCCGAGGGGGCUACAAAGCCACCAAUAAAGCUGGUCCCAGAAUGGGCCUUCUGCUCACUCCAGGACAUCUUUGUCUUUGUUUUCUGGUGACAUGG